AAGUAUUGUUUUGUACUCUCUCUCUCUCUCUCUCUCAAAUAAUUACCAGAAUCUUUCGUGUGUGUGAAUCGUCUGGGGAAGCAAAGUCUUUGCCCUCACACCUUUCAAUCUCACGCCCAACGGAGAUUGAAUAAUCUAGGGUUUGACAGCACUCAUAUUCCACCUCUAGAGGUCUGUUCGUUGAUCCUUUCUAUACUCUCUACCCUUAAUUAGUUUUUCUCUUCUUCUUUUUCAUGGAAUUACUUUGUAGCUGUUGAAUUGCUAUCUGGGAUUUCUCUCUCUCUUUUUUUUUUGACUGAUUGUCACGUACCCAGUUGAAUCAGAUCUUCUUGUAGUCCUUUUAUUUGAAGAUAAGCCCUUUGCUGAGUUGAAUUUCUUGAAAUUUUAUUCAGAAAGCCCUUGUUUGGAUCGUACUUCAAAUAAAUUGAGUUAUUUACUAUAUAGGUUUCUUUUUUGUGUGUUUAUGGAUGAUAUAAAACCUGCUUAGUAAAUUAGUAGAUUUACGGAGUCUCUUUUGAGUGCUUAUGGUUUGCUUAGUCUAGGACAUUAGGUCUCUUGGGGUUUAGGAUUUAGGGCUUUUUAUAUUUUCUGAAUUGAGGGUGGUGACGGCAUGGAGGUGGUUGAAGAAGCUAACAACGAAGCCGUAGAUAGCUGCCACAGAUUUCUUAGGCUGCUAUCUAAACCCCAAGAUCAGGAUCAGCGUAGAAACUUAAGGGGAGAAACUGAUAAGGUUGUGUUUAGGUUCAAGAAAGUUGUUUCUCUUCUUAAUAAUUGUCUGGGUCAUGCAAGGGUUAGAACGGUCAAGAGAAUUCAAAUCCCUUUUCCUCAGAACAUCCUUCUGGAAAACCCAGUAUGUAAAACAGAUAAUCAACCCAAUACCCUUCAGCUUCUUCAAAAUAAUUCUCAUGAAAAUCCAAUUAGAGACAUGGGUUCAAAUGUUAAAGGUAUUCUUUCUUUGGGAAAGCCAUCGGCGGAAUUGAGUGCAAAUGGGCAAAACCCUCUUCAGCUUGGCCAACAAAGUCAACCACCCAACUUUCACUUGGUACAACAACAAAGAUAUCAGCUUCAGCAGCAACAAUUGAAACAGCAGGCAGAGAUGAUGCACUGUGGAAGCAAUAGUGGCAUUAAUCUAAAUUUCGAUAGCUCUACCUGCACACCCACCAUGUCAUCCAAUAGGUCUUUUAUCUCUUCAUUGAGUGUUGACGGGAGUGUGGCUAAUUUGGAUGGAAGUGCCUUCCACUUAAUUGGGACUUCUCACUCUGCGGAUCAGAGCUCAUACCAGCACAAGCGGAGGUGCUCUGGAAGGGGAGAUGAUGGGAGCGUGAAAUGUGGUAGCAGUGGAAGAUGUCACUGCUCAAAGAAGAGGAAACAUAGGGUGAAGAGAUCAAUCAAAGUACCUGCUAUUAGUAACAAGCUCUCAGAUAUUCCUCCUGAUGAGUAUUCGUGGAGGAAGUAUGGCCAGAAGCCAAUUAAGGGUUCUCCUCAUCCCAGGGGUUACUAUAAAUGUAGCAGCAUGAGAGGUUGCCCUGCAAGGAAACAUGUGGAGAGGUGCUUGGAAGACCCUUCAAUGCUUACUGUAACUUAUGAAUGUGAGCACAACCACCCAAGGUUACCGUCGUAAUCAGGAAACACACGAACUUUCAAGGAAAGCUCUGACAAGAUUGAUCCAAGGCCCUGAUGGUCAAUGCUUCAAGCUCUGUCUUGAACUGCUCCUGUAUAUGGUUUGUGUGGUUCAAGCUUGAGGAACGUAUUCUUAGCUUUUGUAUCCUCCUAGAUAUGUGGCAGGUUGACAUGAAGCCCAGGGUUAGAUUAAGAAUAUUCUGGAAUUGAGGAUUCCAGAUUGUACGAAGAAUCCCUCAUUUUGUAUGACAAUCUUUUCUUUAACUGUUUAGUGCUUUUUGGUUAAAUGGAUUACCAUUUGGUGGGGCAUUUUGAAACCUUACAGUUUUUAGGAGUUGAACUUACGUAAAAACCCAACCUAACUCAUCAAUGUCUUGUCGCAACAGUUUUUGUGUCGGCUACAUUAAUCCUAUAACAUGUCAAUUUAUGUGGUAAGUGCAGGAGCUUUAUAUUGUCUGUGAA